AUGCUGGCCGAACAGCAAUCCACAUGUCAGGAACUUGAGAGGACGUCGAGUCGUGCCAAUGAGAGCAGUGCCGCGGAUAAAGAGCCGUCGCAUUGCAAUGAGCCGUCGCAGGACGCCGGAAACCGUACCGGCGUCGCUGCUUCCCACAAACGACCGAGGGAGGAUGCGGUCGAGGCGAGCAGCAGCAAGGCCAAUCGGGAGAAGAUGCGCCGCGACCGACUCAACGACAGGUUCGUGGAGUUGGCGCGGUCUCUGGAGGGGAGCGGACAGGCGCGCGCGGACAGGGGGAGUAUUCUGGCGGACGCGGUGCGCGUGCUGGCGCAGCUGCGCGCGGAGACAGCGCAGCUGCGGGGCUCCGCGGAGCAGAUGAAGGAGCAGAUCCGCGAGCUCAAGGCGGAGAAGAGCGAGCUGAGGGAGGAGAAGGCUCGUCUGCAGGCCAACAAGCAGCAGCUGGAGGAGCAGGUCCGCCGCAUGGCUGCGUCCGGUGCCGCCCAAUCCACCGCCGCCACGUCAGCAGCAGCCCCAUCAGCAGCCGGCUCUGGUGCUGCCGGUGCUGUCCCCUUGAUGCUGCAUCCAGCGUGCGAGCCAGGCAAGGUAGCAGCACUAGGUGCACCCAUGGCAUACUCUGCUCCAACCCAUCUUGCUGCUGCUCCUGCUGCUACUUGUGGCACUGCUGGCACUGCUGGCAGUGCUGGGACUGGUGGGACUGUUGCUGCUGCUUCAGGUCCACAGUACAUGGCACCUCUGCCUUCCAUGAUGCCAUAUGGCAUGCCAGGGAUGGCGCCUAUGGCCAUGUGGCAGUGGUUACCGCAGUCUGCUGUUGACUCGUCCAAUGACCAGAUGCUCAGGCCGCCAGUGGCAUGA